AUGUCCUCCUCCUCGUGUGCUGGUCCAUCUAAAUUGAAUGAACAAUGGGAUGAUAGCGAUUCUGAUGAUGAUUGGGAGGCUGCCGAUGCCGGUCUAGAUGAUAUCGAACUGAAUAAUAAUAAGGAGGCUGCAGCUGAGAAGGCUUUAGCAGCCACCACCGCACCACAGGUUGCUACCACCGUCAAGAAGUCAGCCAGCAAGCAGCAAAAACAGGGCGAUAAGGGUAAUACACGAUGA